UAAUUGUAUUACCAAAUGUUUGGUUUGACAUUGAAUACAGACCUUAUUACCGACUAUAUCAUAGACCCAGACAAAUCCCAUAUAGGCCAUACAGGCCAAGAAGAAGACCUGUACCAAACUACAUAGCUGCUUGCGGAUGUUGUAGUGGUGAAAAUCAUGCUAGAAAUGAUUCGAACGCCCCUUGUCAAAAUCAAAACUGUAUUAAUCCUAGAUUG